AUGGCCUGCUUCACCCCGCAAAAGCGCCGGCGAACGGAGGACGAGGCGAGGAGCUUAGAACGAGUACAUCCUCAGAUGAUGAAGUUCGUCGAGGAGACCUUCAAUGCUGCAAAGGAUCGCCUGGCCCACUCGCACGAGCGUGCGAGGGCCAUGUUCCACGCGGUGGAGGCGGAGGUGCUGCAGAGCGAGUCAGACCUGGUGCUGGCACUCCAUGAGGUCCGGUCCCGGGGCGUAGAGUUGGACGUGCUGCAGCACGAGCUCAAGCAGAGGCAGGUCCGCCUGGACGAGUGCACCGCCGAAAUCUCGCGGAUGCGGCCCAUUGCCAACCUGGCUCUGGGCGUGCGCGGGCUGCUUGAGAAGGGCGACUGUGACUCCCGGGACGUGCACCUGAUGGCCUUGCAGGAGCUGCUCAUCCGCCGCAACGAAGAGUCUUUGGCCAUGGCCCUGCCGGAGGUCCUAGGCAAGCCGCCCAGCUGCCGGAAAGGCUUUGACCUCAAGGUGCAAGAGCACUUGGAGAAUCUGGUGCAAACACUGGAGGGCACUGUGGCUCAGGCAGAGCAGGGCGAGAAGGACUUGGAGGCCUCCGUGGCGGAGGGGAAGCAGCUGCUGGCGAGAGCCGCCCAGGCGGAAGCUCUGGCAGCUGACCGAGUUCGCCAAGCCAAGCGGCCCUUCGAGGUGAACUGCCAGCAGAUGGCAACACUGCGCAAGGCAAUGUUCGAAUCCGAGGAGAAGGAGAUAUGCUUUGACGAGAUCGUGAAGUACAUCCAGCUACAGACUGGCCUGAAGAAACCGGACAGCUACUCAGGCGCACAGUCCAUCUCCACUGCGGCGCCAGACACGCCGCCCGCCCAGGAGGAGGAGGAGAAGCUGGAGAAGAUGGAGAAGCUGAAGCCGCAGCCUUUGGGCAAGAUGCAGUCAAUUUAUGCAUUUGAUUACGUCGGAUGA